ACCAUACGAAGUGACGCCAUCAUUUGUGUUGCUGGAAGAAUACUAGUAGAGAAGGAAGGUAGUUAACUACUUGGAUGCGAGCAGAGAAGAGGAGGGUAUUGGAGAAGGUCUCGACGUUUGCAACAUUUUUUGGAUGCCAACCGCUGUUAGAUCUCAUCAAAGAAGGUAUCGACGUCACUACAGGUGCCGGCGGAGUUCUCGAAUUUUCGUCUUCCUCAGAUUCCAGGCAUGGCUGAAGCCCACCAGGCGGUGGCCUUCCAGUUCACGGUGACUCCGGAAGGCAUCGACCUGCAGCUGUCCCACCAGGCCCUCACGGAGAUCUACCUCUCGGGCCUGCGCUCCUGGAAAAAGAAGUUAAUCCGCCUCAAGAAUGGUGUGAUAACGGGGGUGUACCCGGCCAGUCCCUCCUCCUGGCUGUUUGUGGUCAUCGCCAUCCUGGCCACCAUGUACAUGCGCUCUGACCCCUCCAUGGGUCUCAUCGCCAAGAUCCAGGAGCACCUACCGGUCAGUCAGUCUCUGAGUGCCCAGUGUCAGACGGUGGUGUCGGCGGUGCUGUUCAGCACGCUGCUCUGGUUCUCCCUCAUCUUCACCAUGCGCAUGUGCCUGAAGCAGCUCCUCUCCUACCACCGCUGGAUGUUCGAGCAGCGCGGCAAGAUGUCCAACACCACCAAAGUCUGGGUGGCGCUGGUGCGGAUCUUCUCGGGCAGACAGCCUCUCCUCUACAGCUACCAGGGCUCUCUGCCAAACCAGCCCGUGCCGGCCGUCAAAGACACGGUCAAGAGGUAUCUGGAGUCGGUGCGGCCGCUGACGACCCCUGAUGAGUUUGAACGCAUGGCGUCGCUGGCCACCCAGUUUGAGAGCAGCCUGGGGAACCGGCUACAGUGGUACCUCAAACUCAAGGCCCUCUGGGCUUCCAACUACGUGAGCGACUGGUGGGAGGAGUACAUCUACCUGAGAGGACGGAGCCCUAUCAUGGUCAACAGCAACUACUACGGCAUGGACUUCUUGUAUGUGACGCCCACCCCCAUCCAGGCUGCCAGAGCAGGCAACACCCUUCAUGCCUUCCUCAUGUACCGCAGGAAACUCAACAGAGAGGAGCUCAAGCCUUGGUUGUUGAUGUCUUCGGUCCCUUGCUGUUCCUAUCAGUUUGAGAGGAUGUUUGACUCUUGUCGAAUCCCCGGGACGAUCACAGACACGGUGCAGCACUGGCAGGACAGUGACUAUGUGGCAGUGUACCACCGGGGGCGCUACUUCCGUCUGAGGAUGUACUCGUCUAGCCGGCCGCUGUCACCACGCGAGAUCGAGUCGCAGCUCCAGAGGAUCCUGGAUGACCCGUCGCCCCCCUCCCCGGGAGAGGAGAAGCUCGGGGCCCUGACAGCUGGAGACAGAAUUCCCUGGGCCAAGGCCAGGAAGGAAUACUUCAGCUUGGGCGUGAACAAGCGGUCACUCGACUGCAUCGAGAAAGCAGCGUUCUUUGUGACCUUGGACGAUGACAAGCAAGGCAUGAUGGGAGAAGACCCAGCUGCUAGUCUGGACCGUUACGCGAAGUCCCUGCUCCACGGGAAGUGUUACGACAGGUGGUUUGACAAGUCAUUCUCCGUUGUGAUCUAUAAAAACGGGAAGAUCGGUCUGAAUGCUGAGCACUCAUGGGCCGAUGCACCGGUGGUAGCACACUUAUGGGAGUAUGUGUUGGCCACAGACAGUUUCCAGCUGGGGUACAAUGAAGAGGGCCAUUGUAAGGGAGAGGUGGAUGCCUCUCUACCCCGACCUCAGAGACUGAGCUGGGACAUCACCCCAGAGUGUCAGGAGCAGAUCUCCCAGUCUCUGGCGGUGGCCCAGGCGCUGGCCGACGAUGUGGACUUCCACGUCUUCUCUUUCCGGGACUUUGGCAAGGGCAUGAUCAAGAAGUGCCGCAUCAGUCCUGACGCCUACAUCCAGCUGGCCCUUCAGCUGGCCUACUACAGGGACAGGGGCAUGUUCUGUCUGACCUACGAGGCCUCCAUGACCCGUCUGUUUAGGGAGGGCCGGACAGAGACUGUGCGCUCCUGCUCUAAUGAAAGCUGUGCCUUCAUCAAAGCCCUGGAGGGAGGAGAGGGGGUAGAGGUGUGCAGGAGACUUCUCCGCCAAGCCUCAGAGAAGCACCAGAACCUGUACAAACAUGCCAUGACUGGCGCCGGCAUCGACAGGCACCUCUUCUGUCUCUAUGUGGUCUCCAAAUACCUUGGGGUGGACUCUCCCUUCCUGAAAGAGGUGCUGUCCGAGCCAUGGCAUCUCUCCACCAGUCAGACUCCUGUCCAGCAGGUGGAGCUGUUUGACAUGGUCAACCACCCAGAGUACGUCUCCUGUGGCGGAGGCUUUGGCCCGGUGGCAGACGAUGGUUACGGGGUGUCCUACACCAUCAUGGGAGAGAACAUGAUGAACUUUCACAUCUCCUGCAAGCACUCCUGCUCACAGACUAGUUCCCACAAGUAUGGAGGUCAGAUCAGGCAGGCCCUGCGGGACAUGCUUCAGCUACUCUGCCCAGACCAAAGAGAACCCUCUAGAACAGACCAGAGCCAGACCAAGAAGGACCUGUAGAUCUGGAGAGGAGAAUCAGAACCAGGGGGGGAGGAGGAGAGGAGAAGAGAAGGUGGUUGUGAUAAUUUGAUGGUGUGUGUCGGAAGAACGUUGGGAUGAUGUCAAUGAGCGUUAUAGGGGGAGACUGCCGUUUUUAGUCUGUGUUUGUGGUUUAAGGUGGAUGGGUUAGGUGAUUGAAGGAUCAGUAUCUAUGAAAAAAACAAAUUGGAUGAAAACCUAACCUUUUUUUUUUUUUAUCAUGAAUUUAUAAAAUAGUGAAGGAGGGAUAUGGAUAUAUAGUUAAAUCCUUAAACCUUUUUAUUUGUAUUUUCGAUUGUAUAUUAUUUCUGGUCUAACUUUACAAUAAGUGUCCCUAAUAGUAUAGCACUUACAAAAACAGUGUAAUAAAUUACUGUGGGUACACAUGGUUAGUGACGUUCUCAAUUUCAAAGUAUUUACAAGUAUCUCUCAAAUAAUUUGCACGAGAGGUUUAGCCACAAUUUAUUUGCGUUUGUGUAAUUACAAAUAUUACGAUUUUUUUAAACAACCGCAAACAAGCCUGACUUUUGGAAGUACUCAAACAAUACAGUACAUAGGCCUGCACUGCAAUAACAUUGUACCUGCCUAUGUAACUACCAUGGAUGGUCAUUGGGGACACUUAUUGUAAAGUGGGACCUAACUUCUAAAGCAUUUCUAAUGUUUUACUUGAAUGCAGUGCCCCGAACCUUGACCAUUACUUUGGAACACAAGUUAGAACCACAUUGACCAAAUGAUAAGGCCCUAUGUUUUGCGCACUCAUGUGUCAUAGCGAGAUUUGAACCUGUAUUUGAAGCCUUAUCCAGAAAUGAGAAUUGCACCAAAAAUGAAAGCUAUUGUCUGAGGAUGAUGCUGGAUCAUCUGAUAUAUAAAAAGAAAAAGUGGACAGUUUGAUGUUAAAGCUUCAAAUAAAAGGCUAAAAAUCCAAGCGUGUCACAUUUUUGCAAAACACAGGGCCUUUCAAAUAAGCUCUCAUUAUGACGUGACUAUGGUCCAUUGUAAAAGAAAAUAUAUAAUACAAACAAAAACAUUUGGCAUUCGAAGUUGAGUUAACUAUUUGUGCAAUGUGUCAUUUUAAUUGCAAUAUUAUGUUUCCUAGUACACAGUGCAAAGUUCACUUUGGAUAAAAAUAAAAAAAUUCUGCUCCAAUUGGUUCAAAAGGCACAACAAUGCAAAUAACAUGGCAUUUGUUUUAUACAAUUUUUCUCAUCCAUGUUGAUGGUAGAGGUUUUCUCCUCAGGUUACAAAAUGUCAAUAUGUAAAAAAGGGUGGAAAUGCAAGUCCUGCAACGCUACCGGACUGGCGCUAUUAACGCACAGCACAGUUUAAUUGGAAUCAUCAUGGCAAGUAUUGUUUUUAGUGGGACGUUGCUUCUCGCUACGGUCUUUGGGCUGUGAAGCAACUGCUCGUAGAAAAUUCAACAAUUUUGAACUAAACAAACAAACAAACUCUGUGGACCCGGAAACACCAGGGUCUCCUAGCUAAAUCUUCUUCAUAUUUAACUCUGGUUUGCAGAGUAACACAUGAUUGUAUUAUGGUGUAUGUUGCUCGAUCGUUACUGCACUGUCCAGGAGGCUUUUUACUUUCACACGGUGGUGAAAUGACCUAGGUUUAUUCUGCUCUCUUCCCCCAAUGAUUCUAACCCUUUAUAAAGCCAUUUAUAAAAGCAAUAAGUCCACUUCGACCCCUGUUAUCUUUCUUUUAACAGUAGGAAUUCUUAUCCUCUAAGAAAUAAAACUAGUUUUGUUCGGAGUAUCCAUAUGAAUGAUACGGUCCAUGCAAUGUUGGAUUUGUUUGGCAGAACCUAAUGUUGUUUUUAUAUAUUCAAAUAUUUGACAGUUUACUUUCCAUGACUAGGGUGGGUGUAUUACAGUAGCUGGGCUCUUUUCUGAAUUCACCAAGUCAUUUCACUACCAAAUGUAAACCUCUGCUGGGUAAUGACGCUUUUUCUUUGUACAUUUAAGUUAUGUUUCAGCAAGCCGAUUUCAUAUUUCUUUUGGAGAUUUGCGUUAGUGCGUCUUUCUCUUUCUGUCCAUCGGCCUGAUUUAAAUAGAAUGAUUCAACGGCCAGUACAUUUUACCAGUGGCACAAUUUGUGUACAAAAUUGUAUUUUUUUUUGUUGCAUUCAUAAUGUAUGUGUAUGUACAUAUACAUGUAUGUACUCGUUUUCCUUGUGUUUGCUGGCUCUUUUCUCACUCCAGAUCAACCACUGAACAGCUGAGCGUGUCACAAUAUUCUUAAGCAUUUUUUUUCUUUCUUAAAUGUAAUGGAAAAACAAAAACGUAUGAAUUUUCUAUUUUAUUAAAAAGAGAUUCAGUCACA